UCCAACAGGAAUUUGCAGUUAUUUUUGUUCAGUCUUCAGAAAGUUGCGCAAAAUGACAAUGGCAGCUUCUUUUCGCAGGGAAUCAAAAGCCGGUCUUGAUAAAAACAACAAAUAUGAUCGUCAACUGAGAUUAUGGGGAGACCACGGACAAGCUGCCCUGGAGGCUGCCAGGGUGUGUCUCAUCAACGCCACAGCUACUGGGACAGAGACGCUGAAGAACCUUAUUCUACCUGGUAUUGGAAGUUUUACCAUAGUUGAUGGACACAAAAUAACAGGCGAGGAUAUGGGAAAUAACUUCUUUCUUGAUCGCGAGGGAUUCAACAAACCUCGUGCCCAGGUUGCUAGAGACUUGCUUCAGGAGUUAAAUGAGGAUGUCAGCGGAGAUUGGGUGGAAGAGAGUGUUGAUAGACUCUUGGACAACAACCCUGAAUUCUUCUUGGUAUUUUCGUGUGUGAUAACGACAGACUUGCCAGAGAAAUCACUUUUAAAAUUGGGGGACUACCUUUGGGAUCACAACAUUCCACUUGUCGUCUGCCGAAGUUACGGAUUGAUUGGUUACAUAAGACUUGUCAUCAAGGAACACACAGUCAUUGAGUCACAUCCCGACAGCAUACACGAAGAUCUUCGAUUGGACCGACCAUUUCCAGGCCUCGUUGAAUACUGCGACCGCCUAGACUUAGACAACAUGAGUAAAAAAGAUCAUAGUCACACGCCCAUGUUAGUCAUUCUCUACAAAUAUCUGGAGAAAUGGAAGUCAAUGCACGGUGGUGCCGCACCCAAGAACUAUCAGGAGAAAAACCAGUUCAAGGAAUUCAUCCGCUCGGGCAUUCUAAAGAAUGAAGAUGGCAUGUUGAUGCAGGAAGAAAACUUUGAGGAAGCAGUUAAAGCAGUGAAUACAUCACUUGUUCCUACUAGAAUUCCUGCUGAUGUCCAGAAAGUAUUUAAUGACGAACAGUGCAAUAAUCUCAAUGGAGAGAGCAAGCCAUUUUGGAUCUUGGCAAGAGCAGUCAAGGAGUUUGUAGAGAAGGAGGGAGAAGGUGCACUUCCACUGCGUGGUACAAUCCCGGACAUGUUUGCCGAUUCCGAAAAGUACGUCCAACUCCAAAAUGUCUAUCGGAGCCAGGCCAGCGAGGAUGCAGCGGUCGUCACAGAUAAAGUUCACCAGAUUCUACAACAUUUAGCAAAGGAAGGGAGCCACUCGCCGCGGCAGAUCACUGUGGUAGAACAGGAAUACCCUCAAGAUUGUAUAUCAGACAACUAUGUUCGUCUUUUCUGCAAGAACGCAGCUUUUCUUCGGGCAAUCCAUUUCCGGUCCCUUUCGGAGGAAUACACACCGCAGACAGCUAAAGUGGGUGAUUUAGGGAUGAAUCUUGAAGACACAGACAACAGCGAUGUGGUAUUCUACGUCCUUUUACGUGCUGUCGACAGAUUUUACUCGGAAUAUAACCGCUAUCCUGGUUACUAUGACGACCAAGUGGAAACCGAUGUAUCAAAUUUAAAGACUUGUGUUUCUCGAUUACUUCAAGAAUGGGGGCUUGGACCAAACAUCAAAGAUGACUACGUGCAUGAAAUGUGUCGAUACGGCGCAUCGGAGCUUCACUCGGUGGCAUCCUUCAUGGGAGGCGUGGCGGCCCAGGAGUGCAUCAAAGUAAUCACCGGACAAUUCAUCCCGUUGAACAAUACUUAUAUAUACAAUGCCAUGAAGCAGACGUCAACGUCAAUAGAACUCUAAAAUGUGCACAUUUCACAGCUGCGAGACGUUUCCAUUGAUCAAACACUGCUAUCCACUUCACGAGAAAAUGACACUUGGAGGUUUGGUGAUUUCACUAGGAAAACAGAGCAGUACCGGUGAAUUAUCUGAAAACGAGUGAUUUAAAGCAAAAAACUGAUAACUUAUUCAAGGUAUUUUGAGGCGUUUUCCGUGCUGUACAAAUUGCUCUUUAAAUAUAUGUCCAUUCUGACACAUGCAGACAAUGAAGUUCUAUAUGUACCGAUUCAUGUGUGAAACAGAACAAAAGGAAAUGGAUCGAGACAUGGUGCGAUUUGAGAGUAAUGAGUGUCAUUUUUGAGUCAAUACUUGAUGCUUUUCAACUAUAUUGGCAGGCAUUACAAUUGAUUUGUGUCUAAAUAUGUAUGAUGUCCAGAUAAUCAUGUUAACCAGUCUGUUCUUGUACCGUAUUUUCCGGAUUAUCCCCCGCACUGCCCUAUGACCCGCACCCCCUUUGACCAUUACCUAAAGCCACGCAAGACCCGCACCUGAUUAUGACCCGCACUGCUCCAAGACCCGCAUUCUCCAAAAAUAGUAAGCCAUUCAUUGAUGUUGACAUCCUAGAACCGCCAUGUUUUUUUUAAUUGUUAACCAAAGUGGAUCAAUUCCAGCAUGGCCGUAACUAUUUUCCCUAGCGGAGACAUCACAAACUAUGCGAUCAUGGCGGAAAUAUUGGUUGAAAACAAUGCGAAAACGAUGGACAUAAAUCCUUAUCAAGUAACCAGUUUGGUCCCCUUUUUUUUCUUUGGGGUUGGGGCUUAUCCCUCUCAGAAUCCACGCAAGACCCGCACCUUUGUAUUACCCGCACCCCCACUUUUUGGGCCUGUUUGAGGGCAAAAAGCCGCGGGUCAUACGCCGGAAAAUACGGUAAAUAACUCGGAACCAAUAAAUUAUCGAAAGGUAUGCUGGCUUCAAGUGUUGAAAUCAAGGUACGAUGAUGUUUCUGAUUGUGUCUGAAAAUUCUGGAUCAGGUUAAUCUUUAGAUGCUACUGAAUCCUGACUUACUUACCACUUUGAUGCCACGUGUUUUAAGAAGGCACUACACCCUUCAACAUCCUGAUAUCACCUGGCCAGGUUGACGGUGAUAGUAUUUGAUUUAAACCAGUUUAGCACUAAAAGCCAAGAGACCAAAUGGGUGAUAUGAAUAAAGACUAUUAAAUGAUUUUACUUCAGUUUUGUACAGAAAGGCCUAGUGUAUGUACAUGGGGUUUUCAGUAAAAGCAAUUGCUAGUCUUUAUUCAUAUCACCCAAUGUCUUAGUUUUGGCUGAAUUGUCCACAGAAGGAUAAGAACACAAUGUUAUGAA